CAUAAAUUUAUUUUUGUCUUCUUUGCUUCAUCAUCUUCCUUAAUCUACCACUUGCAAAAACUCCAAAGUCAAUAAAAUAAAAAUCUCUAAAAAUCUUUCACGCCAUGGAAACUCUCACCUCUUCCCCCACAACAACAAUCAUUUCUUCCUCCAUAUUCUCUCCUAAAUCCAAAGAAUUUUCUACCCGUAAAUUUGUUAAAUUUUCUGUUUCACCCAAAAAUAAUGGAAAUGAACCUGAUCUUCGAUCUGAUGAUAAUGAUUGCACCAGCAUCGUUCCUAUUUUCAAUAAUCCUACUCUCUCCAAGGAUGCAGCUAUGGGUUUGGUCCUUAGUGCGGCUAAUGUAAGAGGUUGGACAACUGGCUCGGGCAUGGAGGGGCCACCUGUGCCUGCUGGUUCGGAUUCUGAAUCCAAUACGGAGCAGAUUUCCACCUUUCCUUGGUCUCUGUUUACGAAAUCUCCACGAAGGCGUAUGCGUGUGGCCUUUACUUGCAAUGUCUGUGGCCAACGCACUACUCGUGCCAUCAAUCCCCAUGCCUAUACUGAUGGCACUGUUUUUGUCCAGUGUUGUGGAUGCAAUAUAUUUCACAAGCUUGUGGAUAAUCUGAACCUGUUUCAUGAGAUGAAAUGCUAUGUGAGCACCGACUUCAAUCCAAAUCCGGACAAUAAUAUUGACUUCAAGUAUUUUGAUAUGAAUGAUGACAACGACGAUGUCUUUCCCCUUUUUUAAGAUAUGAAAUAUCAACACUUUGUACAUCCAAGACCAUCACAGUAUGACGUAUAUGCCACGCAAAAUAAGUAUCAGUCUGAGGCUAUUUGAAAAGGCACAUUAAAAGGAGAAAAGACAUGGUUGAUAGUGCGACGUGAUGAUAAUGAUUUUUGGCAACAUGUUAGAAAUCAUUCGUUCCAUCCUCGUCUUCUUAAUUAUUUUAAUAUUUGUGGUUUUAAAGGCGUUAUAGAUGUUGGAUUCGUUCCUUGUGAUUUUUUCCUUAUUACUGUACUUGUUGAAAGGUGAUGACUAGAAGCACAUAUCUUUCACCUGAGAACGGGUGAAGCAACUAUAACCUUACAAGAUAUGGAACUCAUGUUUGGAAUGGUCGUA